AUGGAGUCUAUCAAGAACACCGUCAACUACGUCACCGAGACCGUCCAGGGCGCUGGAGCCGGCGCCUCCAAGGAGGUCAACAAGGAGGUUGCAAAGGACAACAACGCCGACCUCGCCACCCGUGCUACUGCGGCCAAGGACGCCAUCUUCGACAAGAAGGACCAGUUCGUCCACGACACCCAGGCCGAUGUCCACAAGGGUAUGUCUCUUCUCUAA